ACAGGCGACGACGACGACCGUCAGCGCAGGGAUUCAAAGAGCAGAAGAGAACAGACGCCCCCAAACGGCAGCUUCUUGUUACAACAGGUUCAGCAGCAGGUCGCCCAUCCAGAACUCGCCAGUCAGGGCGAAACCGUGAAAAGUAUCGUGAGUAAAAAUUUCCUCCGCAGAAAACAGCUCCAGAAUAUCCGCUGCUGUUUGCCGCCGCCGUCGCCACUGUUACUUCCGCUAACCUCCAGGCAGCACCAACCGUUCUGCAGUGUGAUCGAAACGCAGUAGGCGGAAGGAAAAAAAAAUAAUGAUAACAGCACUCUAAGUUUUCGGAACGUGCGCUUCGAAAUCUCGGUUUAGUCCGAACUCAUGAGUGAGAGCGUGUGAUUCAACGGACAGUUUCUAGUUUCCGUUGGUUGGUCGGUGCAACAAGGCGGAUCUCGCAAACGAAAAAAAAGAAAAAAACGAGGUAGUGAUAGUGUGCCAGGUGUGAGGAUUUACUAUCGUUCUUCUUCUUCCACUUCCCAAAAAUCGUGAGCAGGGUUGGGUAGCCAUGAAUCAACAGCACCAAAAGUUGAAGAAGUGCGGAGAAAGGAUCUAGAAGUGGUGAUAGUUUUUCGCUCGGGAAAAAAAGGUUCAGCUAAUUGCGAUUCUACUUUGGCCCCGUGCGCACACAAACACACACGGACACGGAUACCGGAAACGUCGUAUCCGCUUGGGUGAAUCGGGAUACCGACCGCGAGCGGUCGUCUAAUAUUUUUAGUGCUUUUUUUUCCCAACCAUCCUUGCGGUGUGUGCAGAUCGCAAGUGCCCACUGACCCCUGUUCCGUGGGGGUGUGGGGUUCAGGUUUUUGUGUGUGUGUGCGUUCCCCUGCAGGAGGCUGUGCUGAUUGUGCCCCGGGGAAGUCGUUGGUGUGUCAACUGGAAGCGUCCCGAACGAAGAAAGCGGGGCAAAAUUUACGGCUCGGAUUAUUAAUGAAGGAUGAUGAAAAAAGUGUGAAACGUUUGUGGAAUAAAUUUGCCUCGAUCGUCGGCAGUAGAUAAAGGCACAGUUUUUUUUUCUUCGUUGUUGUUUGCUCUUUGCUUAGUCCGGUGCGGUUUCGACAGAAGAAUAAAGUGUGACACGAGUAAAUAUUUAGGGUUGAGUUGCACGGUAGAAGGUGCAAAAGUGAGUAACUGGGAGCACAUAAAUCAGCAAAGGUGCCAACGUUCCUGUUUUUCUUUACGAAAUAAACCCAGCUGCCGGAAUGUGAGAAAGCUUAACGACGAUUCGAAAAUAAUGGAAAGUAGUAUUUCCGGUACCCGCAGAACAGUGCUCCACUUCUCCCCACAACUGAAUCGUUAAUUGUCCUCCCUCCCCCCCCCACAACUCUAUUCCUAUGCCAAACAAUUCGUUUAGAAUAUCGAUAAAAGUAAACCAACAAACCGAAACAGUGUGAAACAGUGAAUAGUAGGCGAGAGGAAAAAUCCGGCGACGACGAAAACGAAGACGGCUAUCAGCACAAUUAAGACGCGCACUUUCGCACAAGCACCGUUCUUUUCAUUUUUUCUUCCCGCAUCCGACAGGCACCUACACAAAACGCGCGCGCACAACACCCAUCGUAGCAGGCCAUCAAAAGUAAACUCGCGUGCCAUUCGACAUUUCUUCGUAUCGCCAAGCGUGGCACUCUGUGACAAAAUACCUACACGGGAAAAAUAUAUGUUGUAAUAAUAAUAAUAAAAAAAAACCAACAACACAAUCCUAGUAGCCUACCUACGGCCUACGGCACCACACGCACGCACGCACACCUCCGGUCCGGUUGUUUUUUUUUCGAAAGCACCCACGAAAGCAAGGCCUACUUCGAGCAGAGGAAAUCCGAGCAAGAUAAUGGAUAAAAUUUGGAUAACAUUUUUGCUGCUGAUCAUCGCAAUCAUUUCCGUGCGAACAAACGGACAAUCAAUGGUAAACGUGCAGCUCAUCGUAAAAAAAUACGUCGAACGGGGCAGUGCAGUGGCACUGUACUGCGAGAAUGACGCCGCUCCCGAUAUUCUCUACAAGGUGACGUUCCUGAAGGGAGGCAGCAAAAUAUUCGAAUACAUCAAGGGCCGUAAUCCGCCCUACCGGAACUAUUCGAUUCCGGGUGCCGAAAUAGAUUGGAAAAAGGUAACUCCUUCGACGCUGACGCUGAAGAAUGUCGACUACGAUGCAUCCGGUUCCUACUACUGUGAGGUUUCGACCGACACCCCGAUCUUCACCAAGGCAUCCAAUGACGAACCACUGCACGUCAUGCUUCCACAGAAGGGACCACCAACGAUAGAGUUCGCCAAAAAGCAGCUCUACUACGGGGAUAUGCUGGUGGCCAACUGUACGACGUCCCGAGCCCGGCCCGCCCCGCACAUCACCUGGUUAAUUAAUGGGAAGCAGGUUGACGAUGUGCACGUUCGGCAGCUUCAUCACAGCUCGAAGAACAGCCACCGGUCGAAGCAGCAGCAGACGCUACCCUCUUCGGCUUCCUCCUCCCAGUCCGUGUACCACGGUAAGGUGAUUGUGGGUUCUCCGUCCGGCACCAGUGGCAGUGGCAGUGGGUUCUCAUCCGGUGGCGCAGGGAAUAGCCUAAAGGAGCUCAAGCUGAAGGCAAAAGCUGUCGACGAGGAGUUACAGGUGAAGGCAGCGAAAGCUUCGCUUGCGGGAACCGGAAUAAAUGGGUACAACAGCGGACACGGUUCCGCGUCGGCCAAAUCCAGUAAUGUCGGUUACAACGGUGGUGGUGGUGGUGGUUUUCAGAUUCAACCGAACAUCGGCUACAACAGCUUCGAUGCUGGUUACAACUUCGGCAUGAAAACUCACCACCGGGAACGUGAACGAAGCGGUGGCAUCGGAGUAUUUACCAUCGGUGGUGAUCGCAUGGGCGAUGAGGCCGACGAGGAGGACGAGGAGAGUGAUAAAAAGACUUCCUGGCUUAAGAACGGCGACUAUCACAAGAGUGUUUACCAUGACAAUAAACAGCAGCAGCAGCAGCAGGAACAACAUUUUGACACUAUUUAUCGGAAGCAUCGAACUUCCUACGACCGUAAGUACCGACGGCAUGUGAAUGACGCGAUCGGUGCCGGUGAGCCCCGCAAGGUACACCGUGUCUCGGCCAGCUACAGUCAGCUAUCGAUCCGGAUCACGGAGGCACUGACCAACAACCUGGGCCGGAUAGAGAUCACCUGUCUGGCGACGAUUCCGGCUCACGUCGAACCGGGUGAGCAGUACGCGGACUACAAGACGUCGCUGAUCAAGUUGGACAUCGAGCAGAAUGACAUGACGUCUCCGGAACCGUCGACCGGUUCGCUGGCACAUGCCAAAUCGGACGCAGUGCAAAUAUCCAACUUCCAGGCUACAUCCGCCGGACUCUGCCGGAACCUGCUGGCGGUGCAGUGCGCCAUCGUCGCUUUGCUGCUGCUCUACCAACGGCGAUCGACGCCUGGCUGGUUCCUGCUCUCGUCACUAACGUAAUUUGAUCCGUGCCCCGAUAUCGUGUCAACAGGCAACCGGAUCGCGAUGGACAAUUGUUGAGCAGAGAGAGAGAGAACAAAAAAGAAAAAAAAAACGUAACUGUACCACAGAGCAGCUAUCUUUAUUGGAGUGCUUCUUCGAAAGCGUCCGAAAAUAAUCAACCGAGUAAAUGUGAAAGACGUGAAAAAUUAAAGCGGGAGUGAGUGAGAUGUGAGAUGUUCAAACUACUAGCCAAAAAAAUACAGACAUGAACGUAUGGAAUCCUAGGAUCUAUGGACGUAGAAGAAGAGAUUCACUAAGAGCACAUAAUGUACAGAGCCAAACAAAAAUACUUAUAUAAUUUAAGAAUGCAUGCUCAGAGCAGAGCAGCAGAGCAAAGAAGGCUGAUUCCCCGAAUCCGAUCGAGAGCUGGCUGCGGUUCAGCGGAGGACCACGAUAGCGCAGGUUUAGAAACUGUCGUCGUCGUCGUCGUUUCUGAUAAGGUAGCUAAAAUCUAUUUCCCCAUUCAUUUUUUUCUUUUGUUGUUUAAAUCCCAAAAUGAAAACAAAACAAAAUGGUAGAAAUUAAACUGGAACGCAUUCCCCAUUCAGAGCAAGUUAGUGGACGUUUACAAACCGUCGUUUACUCUUUUUGUACCGUGACUGUGAAUGACACUUCAUUGGUAGACCAAUGAGAGAGAGAGAUAAAAAAAACAGAAAACUAAAGAAAAAAUACAAAUGUUAUCAUUCUCUGUAGGCUAGCUGGUAAGUGAAUUUUCAAUGAAUUGAUGCAUGAACAAACGAACGAAAAACGAUAAAAAAAAUCUAAGAGACAAGAAGACUUUCAUUCUACAGAGCGGAAGCGGAAAUACCAAAGUUUUUGGAAUGUUCAAGCAGGAAAGAUCGACCUAAGCGAGUUAUAAUUUUAGAAGAAAGCUUAUUGUAACAAAAUAAAACAAACGCAUCGCAGAUACGCAAAAGAGACAAACUAACACUUUCAAGUGAACGUAAAUGGUGACAAUUCAUCUUUAGCGGUAUUGAAAAAAAAAGCAUGAAAUUAAAUUAAACUUAAAUUAUUGCAUGCGCCUGAACGGCGGAAAGCUGCAAAGCUUAUUCACCACCGAUCGCAGUAGGCGAGGCUAUAAACGUCAAGUGAAAACAUUCAACUCAACUCGCAUGCUGAGAUGCGGCAGACCGUGAAGAAAAGGCAAAUUGUUAGCAGAGAGAAAAUGAAUGAACUACUGGCCAAACAAUUUUUGCUUGCUUUUGAGUUGUGUUUGCUAAACUUUCGUACUGUGAUUCUUCUGCAGCAAAACUCGGCAAAUCGGAAGAUCGCAAAUCGAGAUCUGUUCUGUUUUCCUGUGUCUGUCAGUGUUGUUGAUAAGAAAAUAUUUGCUUUACUAAGAGGAAAGGCCGAUAAGCCGCCGAGCCAGCCCAGUUUAGGUUUGGAUUGUGACCGAAUUUCGUUAGCCUAAACAAACCCAAAAACUAGUUGGUUUUGGGAAGGGUUCUCGUUCAGUUUGGCUUCCCCAUGUUUAAAGAAUACCUAGCGUCUCCAUCAGCAGCAGCAGGCCAAGUGGAUUCUAAUUAAAACCAUGAACAUGUAGCCUACUUGGAUGGUAGUUGCUCGUUUGAAAAAUAAAUAAAUAGACGAUGCUUCGUUUGUUUAAAGAGAGAGAGAAGAGAGAGAGAGAGAGAGAGAGAGAGAGAGAGAGAGAGAGAGAGAGAGAGAGAGAGAGAGAGAUAGUAGGGAAAAAAUCUUGAAUCCACAGAUGAAAGAGCACGGCGUGGAAAAUUAUAAGAGGCUUAUAGAGAAAAAAAAACAGUUACCGUUUUAUGCGGCUCGUUACAUCGCGUGUUGGCGAAAAAGAGAGAUGACAGAAAGGAAUUUAAUUUAGGCAAAAUCGUUACAAGCCGAAUGGCUUUCAUCUAUUCCUUUAUUUCUGUUGGAAAGUACUACGAAGUAGGCGUUGGAAGUGCACCGGGCAAAAGGUUUUCGGUUUUUGUUUUUUAAGAUGUAUAGUAGGCCAUGGAGUUUCGAACAAAUAUGGACACGGUCAAAAUGAUUUUGUAAUAUUGUAGUGUUUUCGCCGAGAGCAAAACUAUCCGAACUAGUCAAUUAUGGGCAUAUCUAUACAGAGAAAAGAAAAAAUAAACAAGUGUCAGUUAUUUUUAGGAAUGUUUUCAUCAUGACAAAGCAAAGAAAUAUGGAAAAUUGGUUCAAUGUUAUAGCGUUCAAUAGAGGGCGCACGUGAUGUGAAAUUUUAAACCAAAAUGUAAGUCUUAUGCCGCAGGACGAAAUAUUCAUCCAAAAACACAAAUAGUAAUCAAAUACUGGACAACAGACAACCAAAAACAAACAAAAAAAUCAGAACCUAGAAAAAUUUAUAUGAUAAAAAACAAGAAUAAACAGCUUUAAAUGUCGUUUGAAAACUACAACCACAGAAAAGUAAACAGCGCUACCGAAAAAACGUCUGCUGAUGCCCAUAGCCAUGAAAUUUUGCACAUAAAAACAUAAAUAAAAACACAAACCAAUCAACUAUUGAAAUAAACAAAAGAAAAAAUGGUUAAAUGUUUCGUUGUCAACAAACCCCCCCCCCCUCUGUGGCAGUUGUGGCCACGUUUGAUGAAGUCUUCUGUAAAUACCGAACUGUUUUCUCUCAAUAGUUAAAUAGCAAACUCAAGAAACAAGAAAUCGUCAACUUUCUUUCUCGUGACAAAAAAAAACAAAUUUCUAGACACACACACAAGACAAAGUAAAAACCCAAUCAGAUAAAGAAUCUCAAUGUUUCAUAUCUAUACGUGAAUGAUAUAUUUAAACAACACAGAGGAAAAGAGAGAUAUAGAAAAAAAUGAUAAAAUAACAAAAAAAAACACACAUCUUUUAGCUAAUAGGUAAAAUAUUGAACGAAACUAGGUUAUUGAAAAACCAACCAUCACCACCAGAGUUCUGGUGUCGGUGACAGUUUCCAGCGUCAUUUCCGGUUGUCGGCACGUAUUUGUGUGUGAGAGAGAGAGUGAGCAUUUCGUUCGGCUUUAGCAAAUCAUUCUUUCCAAAUCACAAUGAAUCUUCCAAAAACAAAACAAAAAACAAAUGAACUUUUAAAGGCACAAAGGAACUACACGCGCGAUCCAAACAAAGCACGUUACACAUACACAUAUCAGUUUAGUAAGCAAUACGUGUGACUAAAUGUUUUAUAGAUGAUAGGUGAAUAGUGUAAAAACAAGUAGAUGUUGGUUGGUUGGUUGGUUCGGUAGAAUAUUGAUAGGUAAACUGAUGCAUUGACGAACGUUAAAAAGAAGCUCGAUAAUUAAAAAAAACAUACAAAACACAGUAGCUCGGUUCUGUUUUGGUUGCCAAGAAACGCUUCAGUUGUUCGGUCGUUUAGCUUUACAUUUUCGCUGUCGUUGGUAUUUCGCCUACUACGAUCAAACGUGUGGCAGUUGGUGGCAGCAACAACUUUUCGCUGUUGCCAAAAAAAAAAAACACAACGCCUACUGCAAUUUCAGUUUCAUCACCCGUGCAAAAACUGCACUGCAAAAUAAUUGAACGCUUAUAUCAGUCGAUUCCAUUUCAUUACUAGUACUAACAGAACCAUGUGAUACUCGAACCAAUUCACAUAUUGUAUCGGCAGUUCCACCACGGUAAUUACAUUCCAAAUACGGUGCAUAUUCCCACCGGACUACAUAACCGUUUCCGGAGUGUCCAAUUAAAAUCCAUUACCCCUAAACAUGCUCUGGAAAUCACACCAGUGCCGCCCCUUCUGAUUGUCUAUUUCCCUUCUCCAGUCGAGUUGUCCACCCACCGGUGGAACACAGAGCGGAUGUAAAUAAACUUGACAAUUUUCGCUGGGACAUUUCCACAUUAAUUAUUCUAACCUUUGCCCUGUCCGCUGACUACUGAACUAGCCGGAGGCAGAGGCAACUGGACUGACUGAAUGUAUUUUACUCCUUUUUGCAAUUACAACUGCCGUGCGUUCGACCCGUUGCUGGUUCGGAGUUACACGCACGGAAUUGUCCUCCGUGGUGGCGAAAACCAACGAGACAACAACAGAGGCGCGUUCCGAAUAGAUUUCGGCAAUAAAUUAAGCAUUUGCAACGGCUACUGCGAUCAUUUCUCCAAACUAGUCAUGAUGAAUAAUUCAUUCGGUUCAUUUGUCUGGUGAUGGCAAAAUUAAUGACUUCUUGACUGGCAACCCUUUUUCUUUUCUUUUUUGCUUUGGUCUUACACAUCGUCAUGUCGAGCACCGGUUGAGUCUUAAGUGUUUACAAACGAAGCGAUGUCCGGGUUGGUAUGAGUGAUAAAGUAUCACAAAUGUGCUGGAAACUGUCACCCACAUGAAACGAUAUACUAUGAUAAAAAAAAUUUAAAAAAAACAUGAAAACGACAUGAAUAUAAAUUUAUAUUUUUCUACAAACGCUAGAGUAUUCAACUGUACGUACCACAGACGAAAAAAAAACAACAACAAGAUACACGUAAAUUGCGAACCAUCAGGCGUGAAACACCCCCAGCGAACAGAUGACAUGUGCCGACAUCCGAGAGAGAGAGAGAAAAACAAAGAAACACCCGCAUAAAUUUGUCGAAAAAAGCAUAGAUUAUCGAAAUGAACAGCAGCAGGUGACAUAAUUACCGAGAAGCGAGUUUGUGUGUCUGCACACAUCAAAAUCCUUCGAAGCUCCAAGAACAUUACAUCGUCAGGCAUUCGUUUUUUUUUAUUUAUUUCUCAUAGCCCCUCUUGUUUUGCUUACGGCUUUGCUUACGAUUCAUUACCCACGGUAUUUAUUUGACUAUUAAUUUGAAAAAUUAUACCGGAAUAAAACAGAUCACAGCAGGCGGUUGCUCGACCGGUUGCCUGGAUGUGUAGUAGAUGAUGAUGACUGCCUGUCUGUGUGUGUGUUCCGGACUGGCACCAUCGCAGCAGUCCAUGGAGCCCGGGUCCGGAAAGAUUUAACGCACGUGUCUGUGCCUCAAUUUCCCUAAUGGACUGUUUUCUGUGCUGAAAAGCGAGCCCACAUUCUCUGUCUUGAGCUCGAUGCCAGUCAGCCUACACGAUAAAUAUGUUUCCGAAUAUGGCCAACACUUAUUUGCUUUGUGCAGAGCAAUAAAUUAAUCUUGCAAACAUCAUACCAAUUGAAGGAGUGGGAGGAGGAAAGCUUAAAUUUUAACAAAGUUUUGCACGGAUCGAUUGGUUCCAAGUCUGAUUGAUUCAGGUUUACCGUGUAUCGCGGAUGGAAAUGAGUGCGAUCUUCAAUGACCAAUGCCCAUACGCACGUGCAGUUUGACAGAGUUUGCAACUGACCGACUCACUCACACAGGGAUAUUUGGGCAUUCUAGGCGGCCAAAAUUAUUUUACAUCUCUAGCUGUUUCAAAAAAAAUUGUCAUGUGUAAUUUUCAAAGUAUUAUAAACAGUUUCUCUGGGUUUCGGGUCAAUAUUAUUCAUCUACAAGCGGACCCGUACCCAGGAUUUCGUACCAAAAAAAAAAGCGAUCAAAAUGUCAAAAUGGAACUCACAUCGAUUUUUAAGAUAUUUAUUGGCCUAUUCUACGAACUUCAGGGCGAAACUGCCCAUGCUGCAUCAUAGUCAUAGUAACCCAUGAGUCAGCCGACAAAAUUUGACAGCUCUAUCAGCCGAACUCUAUCCGCGAUGGCAAAAACAGUGAAGCAACUCCGUUCAGAAGUGUGCGCGUUGAAAUAGUUUUAAAAUUGAAUGGUAACCUUCGGAAAAAAAAGUUAAUAGCAGCUUGAGUUUAUGAAAAACGGUCAGUCGUGUGUGAGAAAAUGAAGUGAGUUCCGUUUUUAAGAUUUUUGACCACCGAUCUCCGGAACCGGGUAUUGCCUAAAUUGGUUCGUUUUGUCAGCACCGAACCUACCUUGAAAUUGAAGGAAUUUUGAGAUAAAAUAAAAAGAAAUUUCUCUGUUUUUUGCCUCGUCGGUCUAAAUGACGGUUUAAGAUGUUAAACUCAAUCACUCUGUAGCUCUGGAACCGGCAGUCGGAUCCGGACGAAAUUUAAUAAUAGCCUACGGGAUAAUCAUGAGAAGACCUUUCAUAUGAAUUUGUGGAAAUCAACUCUGCCGCCUGGGAGAACAUUCAGUGAGUUCCGUUUUUGAGUUUUUGGUACUUCCGGAAUCUGGAACUGGAAUCCGAGAUCGAUUCGCUUGCUCAGUAUCUAACUAUUUUGAGCCAAAUUUAGAAGAUUGUUUUCCUUUUUUGCAUCGAUUUUAUCAAAUCAGGUUCUGAAAUCUGAAUCUGAAUUCAAGAAUUGAAUUUUGAACCAGGUUUCUGGAACUGCAUUCUUGACCUGGAUUCUGAAUCUGUUUUUUUUUUUUGGAGCUGAAUUUUGAGCUUAUAACUGGAAACAGAAUCCUGCAUUUGUUACUAGAUUCGGGAAAUGAUUUCAAUAUUUGAUUUCUGGAUCUGGAUUUGGGGACUCGAUUUUGGAGCAAGAUCAUGAAACUGGAUUCUAGAACUGUUUUCUGGGCUCGGACUAUCUGGAUCGGAAUUCUGCAACAAAAUCUGGAUCGGAACUCUUGAUUUGCCGUGUUCUGGGUCUGAGUUCUUUUGGAGCAUGAAGUCUGACCAGGAUUCUGACAAUACGUUUUAGCUUAGAUUAGGGAUUUCGGAGCUAGUUCAUGAAUCUAGGUUCAAAAUUCAGGGCCCGAACUCAGUUUCAGAUUUUGGAAUCGAAACCUGGAACUUGCAACCAAAUUCUUCACCUGGAUUAUGAAGUGGGCUAUGAGAACUAGAUUCCGGAACUGUAUUCUGAAUCUGGAUUCUUUCGGAACUGGAUUUGGAACAGAAUUCUGAAACUAAAAUUGAAAUUAAAAGAUUCUGGAAAUGAAUUUAGUGACUGAGUUUUGACUCAGGAUUCGGAAAUUGGAUUAUGGAGCUAGAUUUUGGAAUAGGAUUCUGGACCGGGGCUUUAUAAUUGAGUCCUUGAAUUCUAGACCGGAAUUCUGGAACAUAAUUCUGCAGUUGAACCUGAAUCGGAAUUCUUGAUUUUUUUUUACUGAACCUGGGUUUUGGAACUAGAACAUGGAACAGAAUUCUGAGCAUGAAUACUAAUCCAGAGUGCAUUGAUUUUUUGGUUUAGAUUUGAAGUUUCGGAGCUGGAUUCAGAACCAGAAGUUCCGGAAUUCUAGUCCAUGAAUUAAGUUCUUAAUUGGCUCCAGAAUUUCGGAUUCAAAAUUCGGAUUCCGAACUCUGUUGCAAAAUUCAGGCUCUGGAUUCUGAUUCUGGUUUGGAGCUGGAUAAUUUGGGUUUGGAGCGUAAUUGUUUCAAUGACCCUCUGUCUCGUCUCACCUUUCCGUUCUAUAUAUUCACAUCCUUGCUCUUCCUUGAGUACUAUCAUUCUAUAAUUUUCAUUUCCUGUUUCUACAAAAUGGGCUCUGGUUAGGUGAAUAUAGCGAAAAGAAAAAAGAAAUAUUGACUUCUAGUCAUUAAAAACGUGCUUAAUCCACCUAGCAGUGUGAAGAUACCUUUUUUUUAUCAAUCCGCAUGUUUUUUUCGCAUGAAUAUUCUUCGGUGUUUCAGUUUUCAUGAAUAAUGUCCGUCGUUUUAAGUGGCAAUUUGAGAUUUUAAUCUCUCAUUACUCUGUAAUGUAGAAACUGCAAAUCGGAUCGAAUUUGAAUCUAAAAGUGUAACAAUCGAUUAAACAUUCCAUGAUAUGUCGAAGCAAUUUCCACUUUAGAGUUUAGGUUUAAGGUACUUCCAGAGCCGAGUUUAGGGUAAUUUAAGGUACUUCAGGAACCAGCAUACUGAUUCGUAUGGCCAUAUGACGAAUAAAUUGCAAUAUUUUUGAGUCCAACUUCAAAGCUUUUCGGGAUUGUCAUCUUCUAUAUUCAUCAUCCUACAAUUCCAGAAUCGGAAGUCAGAAUUCGAUAAAAUUGGAUUUAUUUUCUUUUGAACUUUUGUUUCUGAAAUUCGAUUUGGCUUUUUAUGAGAAAACGGUUGAGCUUUGAGAAACGAUUCGAUACUGGAACCGGAACUCGAAAAUCGGUGUAGCCUUGUUCGGGAGCAUACGACUUUUCAUAUGAAUCUGAGUUUGUACACGGAACCACCCGCGAUCCCAUUUCAACCAAAAUAUUAGUUAAUUUUCUGAAUUCGAUUGGUUAAAAUUUGGUACAACUAAUCGAUUGUUGUUUUAACUAAACUGUCAUUUUUGUUUUUCGAUUAGCAGAAACGAUGGUUGAAACAACUAAUUUAACUGUUUGAAAAAAAAAUGCUGUCAAUAAGUGAGGACACAUACCUUUCAAUUUCAACAAAUAUUUUAGUUGAAAUAACUGGUGUUGUUAUUAAAAAAAAAUUCUGUUAGUUAAAAAAUAAAUCGGUAUUAUUUGUUCUAGACAUUGCAAAUAGUUGAAUCAACUCUGAUUCGAUCGGAAAUGAUUGAUGUAGAAAAACGUUUUUAAUCACUAAAAGUGCCCGGAGGGGCAGUAAAUUAGCAAAAUUAUUAAAUUUACCUAAAAUGAGUAUUGAAAGAUGAUGCCUUCAAACGGUUGAACGUCGUCGGUUGAACUUAAGUUAUGCACUGAUAAUUUUAGUCAAUUUAUAUGAGCUUGGGUGCAUCAACCGCUGGAAAUUGGAAUUUUGCGACGGCAAUUCAAACGCGCCAUUCAAUCGCAGCGCGUUCUGUGUGUUUGAAACCCUUCGCUCCUGUUACUUUUAUGAAUUAAAUUCAUGUCAAAAAGCGUUUUAUUGCUAAUGCAUGAACAUCAUCAUCGGUAUCAAACAGCUGGAAGUAAAACAGUCUGUUGGAAGUAAAUCAAUGAUCGAAUUAGAAGCAUAAAAUUUUUGCGCAUACCUGAAAGAUUACGAGAUGAUCAUUCAUUAACAUUUUCUAAUUUGUCACCAAAUCUUUUUCAUCUUAAACAAGGUUAACUUUAUCACAACACCGCUAUUAGAUGAACACUUGUUAUGGAAUCAUAAAUUUCUCAAAUCGAAUGAACACAAUUUCACAAAACGCUUUAACCAUCGAUGUUGUUUUCAUUGACAUUUUGAAGCGACGCGAACAGAUUUCAACUAAAAAAGUUGUUGAUUUUGCAUUGCGAUUAUUGUUUUGCUUUCAACUGUCUCCGGCAUUUGACAGCAUUCAAAACAACAUAUUUUUCAACUACUUGAAUAUAUACAAAUCGAAAACCAUAUUGGUUGAAUCAAAAAGAAAUUAGUUAAAUCAACUAUCGCAAAAAUCAAAAACUGCGAUAUCGCAAUUUUAUGAUCGAAGGGUUCUCCGUGUAGAAAACGGUUGAGUCAUUUCCGAAAAAAAUUGAGUGAAAUUAUUUGUCACACACGCAUUUGCUGAUCUCGACGAAUGAUUCGAAAGGUAUAUGGCUGUUAGGUUCUUCCAGCAUUUAUUGCUGUAGGUAGUUUAAAUCAAUUUAAUUAUGGAAUUGCUUUCAACUCGAAAACUCUGCCAUCAUCUAGUUUACAUACGGCAUAUUCGAACGAUUAUGUUGCCAAAAACGAACCGUGCUAAAAUCGGUCCGAGGCAAAAUAUCAUGCUGUACGCAGUCUUUUGGGUAUUUAGAUACAAAUGUAUGUAACAGUAUAAAAAAUCGUGUUUUAUGUUGCUCCCAAGCAUUUCUUUGCCAGACAGCGAUCAAAACUUCUACUGCUGGAAUAGGGGAAAAAGUCGCUUAAACAAAAAUUUCGACAUCUCCGUUAAAAAUGGACGGAUUUUAACAAUCUAUGGCUUGUUGGAUAGGUAUUACCGUGCGGAAUCUAAGUCUGAAAAUCUAUUCUGUUUUCAAGGUCAAUUGUGACAGAUACUGAAAAUUUUGACAUAAAAUUUAUUGAGUUAUACAAAAAGAAGUAAACAUCUGAUCUCAAAACCAUUCAAUAGCGUUCUGGGUGACGGGGAGACCUUCCAUUUGCGACUAGUUUGAUCAAAAUCGGUCCAGCCUACAUUUAUCAGAAGUUACUACUAGUUGUGUCGGCCUUGAAAUCUCGAAUGUUCCCUGAAGCCAUUUUAUCGUUAUUUAUUCGGAACUCAUUAACCUUCUUGUUUACUAACCUCCAUCUUUGCUUAGAAUUGGAAAUGUUUUUAUUUUUCCGAAUAGUCAAAGAAAAUUCUCAAUAUAUUGUAAUUUCUUAUCGAAAUUCAUAUUUUGCUAUUGCAUUCUUUCAAACAACUUGAGUCCAGCCUUUAUUUUAACUGUACAUGAUAAAAUAAAAUAUUAUUAAUUACUUUCAAUUUUUCCUUUUUUCCAAAUUAUGUCUUAUUGUAUUUUAUGAUUAUUCCCAAAAUCGCGAAUAAGCGCGGCUGAUUUUUGCGAUUACUAUCGAGAGCGGCGAUGCUAGCGAAAAAAGAAAAGAAAAAAGAACCUCACAACAUUGUUCAGUAACCUUUUGAGCAUUCAAUUCAGUAGUUUGUAAGCACCUUUUGUUUAUUUUGCAUAAUCGACUUUUUGGCAACGUAGAUUGCCCUAAUAUCCCUCUGUGCGACUGUUGCACACGGAUCAAAGCAACCCACUUUGAAAAGUACCACGUGAACUCUACUUGUAGGUCUACUGUUCAAUCCAUCCGAAUUAGUGCAGAGCAAAAGAAGGAUAUUUCAGGCACGUAAUUCGAAGAAUAUUGUCGCAAAAUAUAUUCAUAAUAGUUGCAUAUUUUCAUGUUCACAAUUAAAUUAUGCUAGCCUGUAUGUCACAAACUAACACACGUGGCCCGAAAAUCGACCCGAACUUUUUUUAAACUCCCUCGCCUACUGUGUGGCGGUAUGUUUUUUUUUUUCACAUUGCGUCACGUAGCUUCGAGUACGUCAGCUACGUCAACUGUUUUUUUUUCUCUCUUCUUAUUUUUUGGUAACUCAACAAUUCAUUUUUUACGAGGCGUGGCAUCAGCGCCCAAGGCAACUCAUUGUGCAACUACCGAAGGCAAAGAAAGAUCCACUUUCACAGAAAACCUACGUUCGAAACGAGCGUGGCAGGCCCACAAGGAGUAGCAAAACUCCUCAUUAUUAUUCCACUCAGGAAUGUGCAAUCUGAUGUACUGAAUUUUACGGACUUUGAAAUUACGCUCACAUUCCACAUAAGCGGUUCCACUCGUUCACCCGUGUGUGCCUUGUUGCCCCAAUCCAACGCAAAACUAACAACGGUGGUUGAUUCUUCUCUUAUCAUAAUCAUCAUAUUUUCUCCGGACACGGCAGCUUUCUCGUAUAACUCCUACUCGGUGUUCAUCCGAGACGACGCCAACGACGGGAUUGUCGAACACCGGACGUGGCUGAUGAAGGAGGAGGUACGUGGUCGGAUCGGUCGGCUGCUGUACAAUCAGACCACCACCACCAGUUCCUCUAUCGUCCCACAUCGGAACGGUUUUGACGAGUGCGACGCCCACCUCACCGGAAUGAAUAAUCAUAACUCACCUGGGCAGGCAUGUGGCAAACGACGCUGCUGCUGCUGCUGCUGCAGGUUCUCUUCUUCCGGGUCAUAUGAGAUAGCCCCAAAGUGUUCCCCUUCUUAGCCGGCAGCAGUAUCUCAGUACGGCGAGGUCGCUUUUCGGUUACUGAUUCGCUUGUUGUUUAUCGGGAGUUAUGCUCACCUACUUGGAUCGGACGCGAUCUGACAGUUUUGGGAUAACUUUUGUUUGAAAUUCACUCCACCGUGCAGCGAUAGUAGCGUGGGCGAAGAACUUUCGACGCUAAUAAAGCAUCACAAAUGUCUCAAACAAGGAAACAAGAUAAAAUAUAAAAUGAAGAUACAAAAUCGGAGGAUGGAAAUGGGAAAAAACAAAAUAACAGAUGGGAAAAGAAAAGUUAUCGAACAAAGUUUAAUCUAGGAAUCAAGAUCAAAAACUGGAAAAAACAGAAUGGAAAAUAGAAAAAUACAGAAUGGAAAAUUGGAAAUGAAAAAGCUGAACAAAAAACAUUAAACAUUGAGAACGGAAAACAAAAAGUGCAAAAUAAUACAAACACAAAAUUCAAAUUGAAUUGAAAAUAAUCAAGGAAAAUCGGAUAACCUUGAAAAUUCAUGUAAAAAAGCCGCAUAAAUAAAACCACGUAAAACAAGACCUCAGUUUUUUUGGGAAUAUUUUUAUGGCUCUGAAAAGAGCCGAUUUGUUAUAAUUAUCCGAUGUUUACAACUGAUGAGUAUUUUUUGCCAUCAUUUCUUAGUCUACACCAGAACCUGAACUCUGAAUAUUCAGGAACUGUCUCUGAAGUCAGUUGGAAAAUUCAGGUUCGGAAUCUAGAUCAAGAGUUCAACGUCAAUUCAGUUCUAGAACUCUGGAACUGAACUCAUUUUUGUUGUAGAACUGAAUUCAGUUCCGAAAUCUGGUUUCAAAAACCAAGUUCCGAGCUCAGUACCAGCCUACAUGUUCGGAAUUUAGGAAGUUCUGAAUUCUGAAACUGAACCCAGAACUUGAAUUCAUGAGGCAAAUUUUAAAACUGAGUUCAGGAGGCAAAUUCAGAAACUAAAUUCAGGAAGUAUAAAUAACAGAAGCUCAUGCCUAUUAUUUAUAAUUCUAUGGGUAAAAUGAUUCAUAUCAUGAAGAAUAACUCAUCUUCCAUGAAAAUGUUCAUGAUAGACAUAAUUGUACUCAUGGAAUCAUGAAUAAUAGGCAUGAUCUCUUAAGAAUACAUGUUUAAAUAUUUUUCAAUCGUCGAUUGAGUUCUAUCCGUGGCGAACAUAUUCCGUAUGGUAUGAAGGUAAAAACAAUCGAAAGACCAAAUGGCAACCCGGAACCGGAAUGCAAAAAAUGAUUAAGGUAAAACGGCGAAUAAAAUUUUGAAAACGAAACAUGGAAAAACUAAAGGGGAAGAAAUAAAUGAAAGUAAGAAUAACCGAAAAAUGAGACGUAAAAAACGGAAAUCGAUAAAUCAUAUAUAUAAUAAUAACAAAUGGAAAAUAAAAUAACAAAUGUGACAAAUAGAAAAUCGAAAGUAAAAUAAACGUAAUAAAAGAAACGUAAAACGACAUAUGUGAAUCAGAAACCGGAAUGGCAAUCCGAUAAUACAAAGUGAAAAUUAAAUCACGCAAAUAGGAAAACUUAAAUAAGAGAAAUGUACGUUCGAAAAGUAGUAGAAUUGAGAAUUACAAGAAUAUAAAGUGAAAACGGAAAUUUCGCUUAAAACACAAAAAUGAUAGAAUAAAAAUAGAAGCGCCAGCGAAAAAUUGUGGAAAAAUAACGAGAAUUAACGCGUAAAAAACGGAAAAUAAACAAUUUGAAACGAAAAUUAUAUAUAAUAUUAAUAAAUGUUUUCCAUUUGCAAAUUUUGUAUGUAAUUUGGAAAAUAUGAAAGAAUAAUGGAAAAUGCGGAAAGAUAUCUAAUAUUUGAGAAAUAGAACAUCUGAAAUAAAAGAAACGUUAAACGAAAUCUGUGAAUCAGAACCCGAAAUGGCAAUCCGAUAAUACAAAGUGAAAAUUAAAUCACGCAAAUGGGAAUAAUGAAAUAAUGAAAAUUAUGUAAUAAAAACAGAAGCGCGAGCGGAAAAAUGACGAAAAGAAUAACGGAAAAUAAAACGUGUAAAACGGAAUACCCAAAAUUUAAACCGAAAAACCGAAAAUAGAAAACAAAAUUUGAAAGGAUAAUGAAAUUGUUUUGGGAAAUUCUGGUCUGGUAUUGAUACAGCAAUAGAUUGUUUAAGUCAUUACAUGAUUGUUAGGAGUCCUUUAAUAAUCCUAUGUCAUCAACUGCUUCUUCGUCGGCAUCAGUAUCGACAUUCUUGUGAUCCUACUAUGAAAUCCUACUAGUUGAGCACAUUCAAAAGAAAAUUAAACAUAGAUUUACUGAACAAAUUAAACCAUAUUCUUAAAAAAAUCUACGGGUUUUUUUUGUCAACUGUCAAAGAAGAAAAUGAAAUACUCCCUGCAAACGGUGGAUGAAGUCAAAGUCGAUAACUUUUUCAACUUUGCGAGUCCUGUUGGAUCUCACACAAAUAUGAGCAAAACACAAGUAUUGUCUCAAGAUGACAUUACUGAGACAAAUUUUGAUGAAAGUAGGGCAAUCAUUAGUAAAGUUAAAGAAAAGCUCUGAUGCUUUCUCUGAUGCUUCUCUGGUUUAAAACUGCAUUUAAGACUUCAAAAAAUCGUUGGAUGAGACAUGGGGUGGGUAAUAGAAAAAUGAUGGAAGUCGAAGAAAACACAAUACAAAGUUAACAUGAAAACCGAUUACGAAAACAGGAGACGAACAAGGAAACUUAAAAAUUACCAAACGCAGUAAGGAAAAUAGACAAAAAAAAAAAAAAAAAAAUAUCUUAAAAGAAAAAAUUAAAAUCUAAAAUGAACGCGGAACGAAAAAGAUAAAAUAAAAAUCAAAAAUUCAAAUAAAAUAUGCAAACUUAAUGCAGAACGAAACAGGGAGAAUGUCGAGACUAAGAAAAUGGAAACGAGAGAUAAAUGAAAUAAUAUAUGAAAAUUGUUCAGAAACCUGAAUGCAAAUUGAAAUUUGAAAAAUACAAAACAAAUUGGAAUUAAUUUGAAAUCCAAAAAAUAAAUAACGAAAAUUGUGAUUCAAAAAUAAAAAAAUAACAUACAUAGAACACAACAAAAAAGAUUUAGGAAAGAGUUUUUACAAACAAGAUUACAAAAUUGAAAUUAAAAACAGAAAAUUCGGAAAGUAGAAAACGAAGAUAAGAAAAACAGUAAUCGAAAAAGUACCAAAGGCAGUUAGGAAAGUAGAGAAAAUACGAAUAAAAAUACGAAAGUAGAAAAAAUACGAAUUGCAAUCGAAAAAUGAAUUAAAAUCGAACAGUGAAAAUACAAUUUGCCAACUUAAUGCAAAAUGAAAGAAGAAGAGAUUAUAGACAAAACAUACGUAAAAUAUACAGAAACCCAAAAAAACAAAACAAAUUGGAAUUAAUAUGGAAUGCAGAAAACAAACAACGGGAAUUGCGAUUAGAAAAAAGAAGGAAGGAAAUAGGACAUAAAAAAGUGUAACGAUUUAUUUAAAAAAAACAGUGAUUAACCCGUGUUCAAGCAAGUUGUCUCACUCGCUUGAGCACGGUUAUUUGAGUUCAACCCGAGCACAUCUUGUUUUGCACUUAAGCUUGUACACAGGUGCAGAGAUCAGAGUUCGUUCGCAAGUUUGUACAAAGUGCGAUGUUUGCGCAGAACCUGUGCGAUGUGUUUAAGUUCUAUUUCGAUAUGCACAAUAAAGCCGGACGGACGUUUUGGAUAUUUGUACCCGAAAUCAGAUUCGAACCCGAACCGAUUUUUUCAAUUUCAACUGGUACGGGUCGGGUUCGAGUUGAAAAAUUUGGUUGUGUUUUGAUUUUUUUGUGGAUUUCGCGACUUUUUUCGGGAUAAAGAUUUUUAUUUUUUAUCGGGUAUGGGUUGGAAAAAUACUAAUCUCGGGUUCGGGUCGGGUACGGGUCAAAGUUUUUUUUUUAUUUUCGAUCGGGUACGGGUCGGGUUUGAAGAAAUGCUUAACCGAAAAUAUUUAAAGUGCUCUAUUCAAUCGAUACUAGUUCCACAAACUUUCCAAAUAAACAUGCCCCGCGGAUUUUUGCUCUCACUGAUGAAGAACUGAUGAAAUGCAUGAAUCAUUCAGAUCUGGUGUAAUCCCAGAAAAAUAAUUUGAGCAAAAUUGACUUACAGGCUUACGGUGUUCGAGACGGGUUGAAAUGUGCCACUUGAGCCAAUUAGUUUUUUCAAUCAAUCCAACAUUCAAAUUUAAAUUCAAUUUUAAAUACGAGAUUUGAACUCUGAGCUGAACACAAAUAAUUCAUAGUUAGGUACAAACUCAAGUGCGAACCCAACCAAACUCAAGUACAAAUGGUAAAGUUCAAACUUGUGCACUCGGGUGCAAAAAAUUGUGUUGAACAUUGCGUACAUCGAAAAAAAUGGGUUUGUAUCUGUUGCACCGGAUUUUUACCAUCACUGGUGAAAAAUGCAAACAUAAAUCAUAGAAAAUAGAACACAUGUAACGAAGUAAAAAUGAGGAAUAUAAAGUGGAAGUUUAGUGAACGCAUGAAAAGAUAAAAAUUUUGUAUUGGGCCUUUUGGAAAAGUGAUUACAAUUUAACAAAAAUUUUCCCGGUUGUAUUAAACUUAAUUCCAUUGAGGUUAGGUGAUUUACACGCUCGCUCAAUGUUACUCUGAUAUGAGCACAAUUUUACUCACUUUCGCUAAAAGUGUAACUAUUUUAUACUGAGUAAAGUUAGGUGUUUGUCAUAUUCUGAGUAACACUUACUCAGUGCUAGAAAAUGGGAAAAUUAGCUCAGAUAAUCAACUUAAAUCUAUGUUUAUUAAAUUAUUUCUUUACUAACAAUCAAUAUGCUACUAAUGACGAUUCCGAAUCACAAUUUUCGUCAAACAACUUCAAACUUACUGUUUACGGAACAGAAUCUGCCCUCACAACUAUGGUGCGAAAAUCGGAACCCGGGCCGACACUUACAAGAAGUUCUUCAAAUAAUCGUCGACAACCGGUAAUUCUUUUUGCUUGUGAAUUUGUUGUCAAGAAAAGAGUAGAAGUUAUUCAGAUUUCUAAAUCUAUUUUACUCUCUUUUGAACAUUUCAACUAAAUUAGGAAAAUGUAAGUAUAAAUUGCUCGCUUGAGAGUAAAGUUGAACGAGCGUGUUGUCUGUUUUGUUUGCCUUUCAUGCAAGCAGGCACGCACGAGGCAUUGCACGAGUUGUGUCGUGAUUUGACCAUUUUCAGGCUUUCUUUGACGUAGCAGUAGGUAAAAAAAUCAUGUACAUCUUAUACAAACUUCGUACAGCUACCAAAAUCUCUAACUGAAUUUUCAGACGUUAAAAAUUCAUUACUGGAAAAUUGUCUUCACAGACGACAAGGAAUAUUUCUAGUUCCACGCUGACAAAGGGAAGAACUGAACGUUUCUCUUUAACACAUAUCUUGCAAUGAAUGAAGGACUUCAAAUUGGUUUAUGAUUUCAUGUAGCAGCUUAGUUAAUGACGGACAUAUUCAAGUUCUACCUGACCUUGCCUUUUAAAACAAUGAAACUAAUCUGGGAACCGUGAGCGACGAAACACGGCUAUCUUGGCUACGAAAAAGUUGUAGACAUUGAAGUGACAACUUUUAGCCUUGCAGCGCUCCUGAAUUUUUAUAACACGAAAUUUCACCAACCAGGACAGACUGCCCAACGAAACGGAUGUCAACUUGCUGUGUCAAUCGAAGAUAAAGCUGAUUUUUUUUCAGUUCUGCAGGUGUCAACUCUCUUAGAAAUAUGCAUUAUAAAAGUUUGAAAUUCACUCUUAUAUGAUGCGAAAGCUGAGCAACACUGAUGCGAGCAGAUUUCCUUAAAAGAGUUUGUGCGUUUUUUUUCUAGCAUGUCUGCAAAGUUUCCGCAGACAAUGUUUUCCUCUCUAAAACCGGACGAAACUCGGAAGACAUUAGCGAGAACACGUGCGCUAAUCACAUUUUCGUAGUAGGCGUGGAUUUCGCUCGAGCAAGUUUCAAAAGAAUGUUUGCUUGGUUUUUUUUCGGUGACAUUUUUCUUUUCUUUCGUCGUUGAAAAAAACAUCGCAGGAAAUGGAUUGUUCCGACUUGCCAUAGAAUCGACGGAAACAAUUCUAGAAUGUGUUCGUAGAAUAUUAAUUCGUUGUCGUGCUCAAUAUAAGUUCAAAUUUACCGUGGCGAAACCGAACCGAAACUCGUUCGUGCAAAGUUUUUUUUUCUAGUUGUUUGGUGCAUCCCCAGAGACGUGCAUCAGCACGAAAAUAUGCACUUGGAAAAAAAACCCGAAAUUUUCAUUUGGUUUCCGAAAUUACUCGCGGUAUAAUUAAUCAACAAUCGUGUGGUUCUUUGAGUAUUUUCUUUUCGUUUGAAUGCGGUGCGGUCGAGAAAAAUUUUAUUCAAAUUGAGUAAUAAAACAUUAUACAAGAAAAAAAUACCGAAUGCGAUUUCAUUUCCCUGUUCAGUUUAUAUUCCGGAGUCACUAUAGUAACUGCUGCCUGCUGUGAUUUUUUAUUUUGAAUACCAAGGUCAAUUCAAUGCCAAAAAAAUUGAUUAGUUGAGGAAGUCUUUUAUGCAACAUAUCGGAAAACGAAAAACCAUUUGCAGUUGCAGAAAGAAAAAUCAACAUACAGGAAGCCGGCAUCUGUUCGUUGAAACUGAUGAUAAACAGGGUGCAGAAAAAAAAGUGUAGCCACGUGAAUCUCAUUGACAUUCUAGUUAUAGUAAUAAUAAUACUAAUAAUAAUAAUAGUAGUAAUGAAAACGACAUCAGCAAACAUACUUUUUGCAGAAUACAAUCGGAAUCUCUUUGUGAGAAAAUAUAAUUUUGUACAUCAUGUCUAAUGCAGGUAUUAACGUCUUCCUAUGCUAUGCUGUCUAUUAUAAUUAUUGGUAAAACAAAGAAGUAACAAUGUAUUAUGAAUUAUUAUUAUUAAAAAAAAAAGAAAAACGAAGGAAAAAAUAUUAUAUAAAAAUAUACAUUGAGAGCAGAUAAAAAUGAGAAAAAUGCGUAAAAAUCUACCAAAAAAAAAAACAAAAAAACAUAACAGAACUAUAUACAGUUUAGAAGGGGAACCAGAUGAGAGCAUAAUUUUAAUAUUACAAGUAUAUAUGACUAAACAAAUGAAA